AUGGCCCCUCGCGACAUGUCGCACGAGCCCGCCGGUACCCCCGAAGCCGUCGAGCGUGGCUAUGCCACUCUCGCCCAACUGAGGGUUGGAGUGAAGGCGUUCGUGGAAAAGGAUGGCGAAAAACGCAAAGCCGAAAUCCUUUCUAUCCAGCAUCGCCAAGGAAAGCCUCGCUUCUACGUUCAUUAUGAGGAGUUCAACAAGCGUUUGGACGAAUGGAUUGCCGCCGAGCGCAUCGAUCUCAGCCGCGAGGUCGAGUGGCCGGCUCCGGAGAAGCCCGAUAAGAAGAAGUCAUCUGCCAGCAAAAACCAGACCUCCAAGGCUGAUAGCCAAAAGUCCUCGAAGAACAUCAAGCGCCAGCGAUCAAAGCUUGAUCGCGAGAUUUCUUCGACCCCUGGUCCCGAGCCAACUUCGGCCAACAUCCCUGGAAAGCGUCCGCAACCCUCAACCGCUGGCGGCAAGGAGAACAAAGACUCUGGUGUCAUUGUCUCUACAGAGCUUGCCGAUGGCGAGACUCCGCGUCCUGAGGAUGACGAAAUGGACCUGGUCGACGUGCAGGACGCUGCCGCCGCUGCCAAAGCCGUCCCAAACGAGAUUUACUCGCGCGAGGACGAGAUCGAAAAACUGCGUACUUCUGGUUCCAUGACGCAGAACCAGACCGAGAUCUCCCGCGUCAGAAACCUAGAGCGCAUCCAAAUGGGGCAAUUCGAGGUGGAGCCGUGGUACUUCUCCCCCUACCCGGUGGAAUUCACCGAAAUAGACAUGGUCCACAUCUGCGAGUUCUGCUUGGGUUACUUCGGCGAGCAAAAGCAAUUCGAGCGUCAUCGGUCAAAGUGCGAGCUAUUCCACCCACCCGGCAACGAGAUCUACCGCGACGACUACGUCAGCUUCUUCGAGAUCGAUGGAAGGAGACAACGGACAUGGUGCCGCAACCUUUGUCUGCUGUCAAAGCUCUUCUUGGACCACAAGACGCUGUACUACGAUGUCGACCCCUUCCUUUUCUAUUGCAUGUGCACUCGCGACGAGCAUGGCGUUCAUCUGGUUGGCUACUUCUCCAAGGAGAAGGAAAGCGCCGAAGGAUACAACGUUGCCUGUAUCCUGACAUUGCCGCAAUACCAACGGAAGGGGUUCGGGAAACUGCUCAUUGCAUUCUCUUACGAGCUGUCCAAGCGCGAAGGCAAGCUCGGCAGCCCCGAGAAGCCCCUGUCCGAUCUAGGUCUGCUGGGUUACCGCGCGUACUGGCAAGAGACUAUCGUGGACCUGCUGAUGGACGGUCGUGCCGACGCCAACGUGGAAGAGCUUGGCGCGUUGACAGCCAUGACGACCAAUGACGUGCUGCAUACGCUGCAGAACCUCAACAUGCUGCGGUAUUCGAAGAACCAACACGUCAUCGUCCUCACGGACGCUGUCAUCGAACAGCGUAACCGCCAGAAAGAGAAGGAGAAAGUCAAAGGGAGACGCGGCAUUGACCCCGAAAAACUGCAGUGGAAGCCCCCAGUGUUCACAGCGUCAUCGAGGACUUGGAACUGGUGA